CACAGCUGCCCUCAGUCCCUUUCUCCUCCUCCUCCGGGAGUAAAGGUCCACAGGGCACAGCGCUGAUGGCCCAGCUGAGCAGUUGACUCUGUGAUUUUUAAUUGAUUUCCACUUUCACAUUAACUGGCCUGAGUUGAUUCUACAAAGUCACAGCCUUGUUUGCCGGAUACUAGGGGACCCAGAGCACCGACACCACUCUGCCAUCUCCUGCUUGCCAGCAACCAGUCAUUGCUACACUAGCCAGGCAAGAGGCAGCUGCAACAGGGCUGUCGGGCAGUGUGCAGGAUCAUGGCAACCUACGUGCAGCUGAACACCACAGCCAAGAUGCCACUUGUGGGACUGGGCACAUGGCAGGAUACAGGAUAUCUAACAUGCACUGGUUUGAGAUUCUUAAGAUUUAUGCAUUAUUUUUAGUCCCCAUCUGGGAAAGCAACAGCUGCAGUGAUGACUGCCAUCGACUCUGGGUACCGUCACUUUGAUUGUGCCUAUGUGUACCAGAAUGAGAAUGAAGUUGGAGAAGGGAUCCAGCAGAAAAUCAAGGAAGGAGUCGUGAAACGAGAGGACCUCUUCAUUGUCAGUAAGCUGUGGUGCACAUUUUUUGACAAGCCUCUGGUGAAGGGAGCCUGCAAGAAGACACUUGCUGCCCUGAAACUGGAUUACCUGGAUCUCUACCUCAUGCACUGGCCUUGUGGCUUCAAGGCAGGAGAGGAGAUGUUUCCCAAAGAUGACAAAGGCAUGUGUAUACCUAGCAACACUGAUAUUCUACAGACAUGGGAGGCCAUGGAAGAACUGGUGGAUGCUGGUCUGGUAAAAGCCAUUGGAAUCUCCAACUUUAACCAUGAGCAGAUUGAAAGAAUCCUGAACAAACCAGGCCUGAAAUACAAGCCUGCAAAUAACCAGAUUGAAUGUCAUCCAUACCUCACCCAGGAGAAGCUGAUCAAGUACUGUCAAUCCAAAGGGAUUGCUGUGACAGCGUACUGUCCUCUUGGCUCUCCUGACAGGCCAUGGGCUAAGCCAGAGGAUCCUUCCCUUCUGGAUGAUCCCAAGAUCAAAGAGAUUGCAGCCAAGCACAACAAGACCCCAGCACAGGUUCUCCUUCGAUUCCAGAUUCAGAGAAACGUGAUUGUGAUUCCCAAGUCUGUCACACCACAGCGCAUUGUGGAGAACUUCAAGGUGUUUGACUUUGAAUUGACUAAAGAGGAGAUGGGAACCCUUCUCAGCUUUAAUAGAAACUGGAGGAUUUGUGCAAUGAGCAUGUCCAAAGCUCACAAGGAUUACCCUUUCCAUGCAGAAUACUGAAGAUUCUUGUAAUGUGGCCUUCACCCAGACCUCUGGUGUCUCAUGUGCUUCUGCUCCAACUCCUAGCUAUUUGUCUAGUUUUAUUACUGCAUCUGCCUUGCUGCUGCCAGUGAAGAUAUGAGAUGUUCAUCCCAUGAAAUUUGUUUGGGUUCUUUUUUUGGAAGAAGGAAAGAGUACUUUCUACAGAACAAAACGUGGGAUGUAAUAGUUUUCUGAUUAUUAGAAGAGAAGACUACUACUGUAGGGCCCAGGCAAAGCUGCAAAGCAGAAAACAGGGAGUCUGUACCACCAUUCAGCAAUUGCCUUCAGUCUUGCAUUAGCAGAAACCAGAUGUUGACAAACCACAAAACCCACACACACACAUUCAUAACGUUAUCAGAAGUGUCCCUUACCUUAAAUAAAACUAAUCUGAAAAUGCAAAAGCAUUAUUGGCUGGAAGUCUUCCGUCUGGUGUAGGAAAAAACCAACCCCCUCCUACCCAGAGACACACUCUGGAUCAGCUGCAGUCCCCUGCUCUCUGGAGACACGAAUCCACCCUGGGACAAUAAAGCCACUCGGCAUUUUGCCUUGUGGGCACCAGAGGGCAGCCAGCCCACAGAGGAGAUCCAUCCCACCAUGCUGAAAGACUCUCCUGUACCAAAUUGAAAG